CGUGUAGGCCCCAUCGAGAAGCUGACAGACUCUGACAUGCAAGCGAUUCGCAAGAACUGCGACCGGUUUCUCGUGGCGCUGUUGCACGAGUAUAAGCUCGUUGACAGCGGCAAGUUCAGCAGCCGGUCUACAUUCCUCAAAAUUCCAUUCAUGUACGAGGAGGCGAACGAGAUGUUGCGGGAGUUUGCUGCCCGAAAGAAGGACGCGAAGAAGAGUCGGGGUUACGGCAGCACGGAUGUUGUCGCGGCUUUGGAGCUUCUCGCGCGCCAGUAUGAAGUGCUCUUCACGCACAUCCUCUGGCGGCAAGCUGCGUUGCAGACUCGCGCUUUCGAGGAGCGAGUGGAUGUGUUGGUCACCACCUCGGACAAGCUUCGCAAGAUGCUAGCUCAUGGGUCUCCAUGGCUACGGGAGCGAUCUCUAUCUGUGCUGGCAAUGGACGAAGUCGAAAACGAGGAGUAUGUCGAAGUGGUAGCGGCUGCCAUCCAUUUCGACUUGGUCUUGCUGGCCGGAGACCGCAGCCAAGGUUUGUGUGCUCACCGCGGGCCG